CGGUUUUAUUUCAAAGGACGAGAGAUUUGUUUUAAAUCCUCUUCACGGGGGUUCACAGGAUGUGGUGAACGGGGGGGCUACAACCCACUUCCUCGACUAGGGCGCCGUCUGCUUUUGCAGGGGAUUCCGCCUCACCUCCAAGCAGUCAGUCGGAAAGCAGCAGGAGGGGUCGCCGAGGGCCAGGCUCCCCCUCCCAAGUCUAUCCGACAAGCGGCCAGGGUUGAGAUCAGCCGCUGCAAGCCUGGCGCGGAAGCGGUGUAGGGGGGUGAUAGCGGUUCUGCAAAUGGGUUGCAUUGAACGGGAACUGCGGGCUGGGCGGGGGGAGAUGCAUUGUGUGUGAUGGACGUCCCUCCCGCAGAUUGGAUGCGAUCGGCGGCCUCCGUGGGAAGGUAAAGUCUCGCACUGAGGAAAUCAUCCGUGCGGGAAGAGGGUGGCAGAUGGGACUGCGGGAAUGCUGUGGUUGCCAGUGGCCCGGGGAUAUUGACCUGAUCUGGUGACUGAGCGCUGAUGCGGCGUCGCCUGGUGACAUAGAGAAGGGCUCGCUCGGAGCUUCUGGCCGUGCCCAGGGAGAAACAGCACACCGCAAGACAAAAGGAGGCUGGCAUGGGGAGGUUCCGUAGGAAGACCUGCAUCGCCCUGUCGCUCUUCACGCUCUUCAUUUUCGGCACUCUGGUGGGCUUGAAGACCCUGAAACCGAGCGACAGGGACGGGGACCCCGGCCCCAGGCUCCGCUUGAUGCCCUUGGCGGAGACGCUGGACACCAGGCGGCCCACCGCCGCCAAAGCCAUCCUGAUGCUGCCUCCCACUGUCACCAAAGCGAGCGACACCCACCUGGGGACCUACCCCGCCGCCAACCACGACCUCCACAUAUUUUACUAUGGCUGGUACGGCAGUCCGGAGUUGGACGGCAGGUUCGUGCACUGGGACCACGCGCUGGUGCCCCACUGGGACCCGAAGGUGGCCGCGGGCUACCCGAAGGGCAGGCACAGCCCGCCCGAGGAUAUCGGCUCCAGCUUCUACCCCGAGUUGGGACCUUACAGCUCCAGAGACCCCCGCAUCAUACAGGAACACAUGAAGCAGCUUCGAGCUGCCGCUGUCGGGGUAUUAGUAUUGUCCUGGUAUCCUUCCGGAUUAGAAGAUGACUACAGUGAGCCUGUGGAUGACCUAGUACCUGCCAUACUGGAUGCUGCGGAAAGAUACAGCUUAAAGGUGGCAUUUCAUAUCUUGCCGUACAUAGGACGCAACGAGCGAUCAUUGUAUGAGAACAUCAAGUACAUUAUGGACAAAUAUGGGUCCCAUUCAGCCUUUUACAAAUACAAGACUGGCACUGGCAGACUACUACCUAUGUUUUACAUCUAUGACUCCUAUCUGACGCUCCCAGCUGCCUGGGCCAAUCUCCUCACCCCAGCAGGAUCCUCAAGUAUUCGCAAUACACAGUACGAUGGCAUCUUCAUUGGGCUGUUAGUGGAUGAAAAGCACAAACAGGACAUCCUGGAAGCAGGAUUUGAUGGAUUAUACACAUAUUUUGCAUCCAAUGGAUUCUCAUUUGGAUCAUCCCAUCAAAACUGGAAGACCAUCAAGAAUUUCUGUGACAGCAACAACCUGAUGUUCAUUCCAAGUGUGGGGCCUGGAUACAUAGACACUCGGAUACGCCCGUGGAAUAAUCACAACACAAGGAACCGGGUAAGUGGAAAAUACUAUGAAACUGCCCUUCAAGCAGCUCUUACAGUGAGGCCAGAGAUCAUCUCCAUCACUUCCUUCAAUGAGUGGCAUGAGGGCACACAGAUAGAGAAGGCAGUGCCAAAGAAGACUGCACAGUAUACCUACUUGGACUACCAGCCGCAUGAGCCGAACCUGUAUUUGGAGUUGACCCAAAAGUGGGCCGAACACUUCUGCAAAGAGAAAGAACAAUGGCUGAUGUAAGGCACUUGCAACUGCACUUUGGCUUUUGUUUUUUUUAAAAUAAAUUUACUACAAGCUUUUUGCAAUUAAUGGAGUUUACAGAAUAUGCCUUUAGCAGCCCCAUGUACCCAGUGUCUAUGUUUUAGUGCUGGAAGUUUGUGUUACAGAGACAAACAAGCACAUCCAUGGAGACCAUUUAGCAGCAUAUUCAUGUCCAGACAAGGAUUCUGGAUUGAGUGAAUACUAUUUCUGAAUACCCUGGAGCCCACUCAUCUGGUCAGACGUUAGUCAAGUUCUCUCUUCUCUGACCAUUCCCAUCUUCCCCUCUUCUGCAAAAAAAAAUGCAAUAUUUUUUCUCCUAGGUGUCCACACAACUGCUGCAAAUAUUUUCUAUUGUAAAUUAAUAGAAAUGAAUCAAUUCUGUUUUAGGUUGUCAGGUGAAAUGAGGGGCACUCCCCCAUUAGUGGUGCUGUACAGUGUUGCAGAUGCUGAGGCAGUACAUGUCCUAUAGUAAAUGGUUACCCUACAUUUCUAUAAUCAGUAUCAAUCUGAGGUUUUAAUAAAUAUAAAAGUCCAAGAUUUGUUUAAAAUUCAGGCCAAGUAGGCAAACAAAAUGGACGAGAACUUUCUGUCAUUGCUUAGAAUUAUUGCAAACUGCACUGACCAAAGAAUACAACAGUCGGAACGAAGAAUGAGAUGUUUGAAUGCCAGCCUUCAUUCUGAAGAGCAGUUCUUCACUCAGUGCUAACACACUUCAUUACUGCUUCAUUUUGGCAGCAAUUAAGCAAAGCUGCAUUCAACACAUAACUAAUUUUUGUAGCCGGUUCAAAGAUGAAAUCCUGAAGUGCCAGGUGGCAACAGCUGUCAGUUUUAGACUGAACUACACACGUAACAUGCUAGAGGAGGCAGCCUCUAUGGAGUGGAAUUAAGUGUUGGGCCGAGUCUCUUCAUCAGGACUAAUUUUAUAUCGCUUUGCUGUCUUAAUUGCGCUUAUAGUGUAAUCUAUAAGUAAUCUCAUAAUUCACCACUCACUCUGUAUGAUAGGAGGAGUGGAAAGGGCAAGAAAUAAAAAAGAGAAAAAAAAACUGGCUGUUACUGAAAAUUUUGAAACAGCUUUCCAAACUAAAGCAUCCAGAAAACAAUGAAGAGCUUGAAUACUGGUUAAGAGACAAGGAAGUAGUAAAUGCAAAACAAAUUGUAGCUUAUGCAGUUAGACUGUUCUUGAGCCAACCUCAGGUGCUCAGUGUUGGAAGGUCCUAACCUAAAGGUUAACUGAAGAGAAAACAAAAUAAUUGAGCAUUGUUGAAGUUACUUACAACUAGAUAGAGAUGUGUGAGAUAAUAUUUACAAGCAAAAUAUUUAGCCACAAGUAAAUAAUCACAGCCACAAUCUUGCUGUUUACGAUCUCAGAAUCAUUGUUGCUGUUGUCCAGGAAAGUUGGCCACUAGUAGGUGGGUCAUUGAGGAUUCAGAUUUGGACAAUUGCAUCCGAGUUUUGAAUAAUAAAUGAAUAAUCAACUCCACUGAAGGGGUGGGGAGGGUGAUCUCAUGAUUCGUAUCGUGUGCUUGUAAAAUGUAACUUUACAAUGCAUUUGUCAGUAAAAUAGGACUGUGAUUUUUAAUCAAUGUGUGUAGUUACAUCCUUGUUUACAGGACAGUGCAAAUGUAAAUAAUAUUGUGUGAGUAUGUGUCUCAUUUUCAAUGAAGUUGAUAAAUGUGGCAAGAAUAGUUGCCUAGCAAUAGCAAUGCCUCUUAGAGGACACCAAAGUGCAAAGUACAUUUAUUAGCAAAGUACAUACACUUUAUACAACCUUGAGAUUCUUUUUCUUACAGGCAGCUGCGAAACAAAGAAACACCAUAGAACCCCCCUUUUUAAAAAUAAGACUAUCAAACAUCCAAUGUGCAGGGAUAAAGAAAAACAAAUUGUGCAAGCAUUAAAGGCAAGCAAGUAGCAUUCAGAACUGAAGUUCACAAAAGUGAGUCAACAGACACGAAGUCAGGCAUCACUGUAGCUGAUCCAGGACCUCACUAGAUGCAGGCCAGUCUCAGUUCAGCACAGAAAUGAAUUAAUCUCACGGAACGGCAAGCCGAACCAGUCCUUGCUUCCAGCCCCAACACCCUGACCUUUCCAAUUUGGCCCAGCGCCUAAAUUAUCCAAGGGCUGUUCUUUGCUCUCAGACCCAGGGCCUGCCGUUCCAUGUGUUCACCGACCCAGGCUGGAAACUGCAAAAGUCUUUAAAGCAGGGGUUACAUCUGAAAGAUCUGAAUCAGAAAUCAGGUUUAAUAUCAGCGGCAUACGUCGUGAAACUUGUUAACUUUAUUGCAACAGUACAAUGAAAUACAUGAUAAAUAAAUAGAGGAAAAAACUGAGUUACAUUAAGUAUUUGUCUAUUAAAUAUUGUCUAUUAAUAUACGCAGUGCAGAAAGAAGUAAUGAGGUAGUGUUCAUGGGUUCAAUGUCCGUUUAGAAAUUAAAUGGCAGAGGGGAAGAAGCUGUUCCUGAAUCCCUGAGUGUGUGCCGUCAGGCUUCUAUUCCUCCUUCCCAAUGGUAACAGUGUGAAGAGGACGUCCUGGCUGGUGGGGAACCUUAAUGAAGAACGCAGCCUUCCUAAGGCACCACUCCUUGAAGAUGUCUUGGAUACUAGAGGCUAGUAACCAUGAUCCAGCUGACUAAUUUUACAAGUUUCUGCAACUUUGAUCUAAUGCAGUAGAUCGCCCCUCCCCCAUACCAGACGGUGAUGCGGCCAGUCAGAAUGCUCUCCACAGUACAUUUGCAGAAAUUUGACUGCUUUGGUUGACAAACCAAAUCUCCUUAAACUCCUAAUGAAAUGUAGCCACUGUCUUGCCUUUAUAGCUGCAUCAAUAUGUUGCGACCAGGUUAUGUCCUCAGAGAUAUUGACACCCAGCAAUGUGAAAUUGCUCACUCUCUCAACUUCUGCUCCCUCUAAGGAUUGGUUUGUGUUCCCUUGCCCUACUUUCUAAAGUCCACAAUCAGUUCUUUGGCCUUGCUGAUGCUGAGUGCUAGGGUACUGAUGCAACACCACUCAACUAACUGGUAUUUUUUGCUCCUGUAUGCCCUUUGAAGAAGAGUGGGAAAAGAUUUGAAAAAUAUAUUUAGUAAAGAUGUCUUGCAAAAAUAUACUUUAGGAUUUAGCAACAGUGUUUGUAGCACUUUUAACAAAGUAAAAUAUCUGAAGCUGCUUCAGAAAGUCAUCGAUGAAAACUUAAUAUUUAGCAGAAAUGACCAAAAGCUUGUUAGAACGAUUAGGUUUUAAAUAGUGUCAUAAAGGAAAAAUCUAGACUGAGAGGAAUGGGCUGAAUGGCCUUGGUAGUAGCCAAGGCAAGCUGCCAAUAGUGGAAUAACAUAUAUGAUUAGAACAGUGCAGGCGUCUAAAUGUGCCACAAGGGUAGAGCAGAUUACAGAGAGGAGAGAUUGGGAGAUUUGUGAGUAAAGAUGAUAAUCCUAAAAUGAGGCAUUAUUUAACUAGGAAUAAUGUAGGACAGGAAGCACAGAAGAGUGCUUUUCAGCUUAGCAGCAGUGUUUCAGCAAACCUCAAAUUCAAGAAUGAUAAAACAAACAAGGCUGGCAGUGCCUUGGAAUAAUUAUCUUGAAAAAGGGAUAAAGAGAUAAAAACAAGUUAUGGAAGCAGGUACUCUCUGGGCAGAUGUUGAUGUAUACUGUAGAUCUAACAUUGGGUCUAAAUAUGGAAACAAAUAAAAACAGAGCUGCUGCAAGAAAUCAGCCAAUUCUGAGGAAGGACCAACAGCUGAAAUAUAUUAAUCAGUUUCCCUUUUCACAGAUGCUACUUGACCAGCUGAAUUCUUCAGCAAUUUGUGAUUUUGCUUUAGAAUUAAACGUGAUAUGCCAAAGUGUCAUUUUGUGGAGUUGGGAACAGAGUAAGUUGUGAGGCCAGCAAUGAUUCCCUCCUGGGCUGCAGAGUCCCACGUGGGGGAGUGUAAUUGCUUCCUCAAUGCAUGGUGUCGGUUAAGAAUGGUAGCAGUCAUAUUAAAGAGGACAAGGAGGAAUCAUUACUUUUGCCACAGAUACAAAGCUAACACUGUAGCAGUUUAUUUAACUUAGAAGAGGAGUGGAAUAGGCCCCUCCAGCCCUUCAAACCAUACCGCCCGGCGAUCUCCAACAACUCCUGAUUUAACCGGAACCUAAUCACAGGACAAUUUACAAUUAACCUACUAAUCAUUAGACUGUGUAAGGAACCCAAGGCACCCAAAGAAAACUUGCAUAUUCCCUGGGGUAGGCGUACCGAUGGCAUCAGAAUUGGACUCCAGGCUCCAACGCCCCAAGCUGUAAUAGUGUUUCACUAACCCCUAGCGUACAAUGGCGCCCAAAGUAAUGACUUUUUUUUGUCGUCCUUAAUACCAACUGUUGUUACUCCAUGGAAAAUAGACACCAGCAGAAAUAACUGAGACAGUAACUUAGAAGGAAUGGGUGGUUUUGCAAAAAGACUAAUUAGAACGACACUGUUGAGUGUGCAAGCAACAAAUAAACCUCUGCUGUGACCAAGGCACCAGUCUCCAGUUAAACUUCACGUUACUCAUCCCCACACUGGAAAAAGUGCUACUGGUUCUCUUCCAAAGCAAGACUUGACAACACCACGAUUGUCAAUGGUAAGUGGUCAGAUUGUGUACUGUAGAACUGUUGUAGAUAGAGCCUUGCAAAGCAAAUGAUUGCAUACAUCUGUGUGUAUGCUAAAUCCAAACAUUUUCUGCAGUGAUUCCCUUGGAGAACUUGAGCAUCCUUUAGAUCUGAGAAAUCAGGUUUGAAAACUAUCUACUAUUGCAGCCAUCUUCUAGAAUUAAUUGUUGCAAUUUUUAAAAGACUAAACCUAACUUAAUUUGUUUUAAAUUUAAAAUAAAGCAUACAUGGUUAACAGCAUCCAAAAAUUCCAGUUAAGUUGCACAUUGAGACAGAGCAGCUUCCACGGGGCCACCCAAAGGUGUUAAUGUCUUUUUUAAAACAUUUUUUUAUGAUCACUAGACAUUAAGAACUUAACUGCAGGUCUACCCCUUCAGUGAGUUGCUUGUUGGCAGGGAAACUGAGGAAGCUGGACUUCGUGCAAACCAUGCUGUCUGCUACAGAGGUGGGGGUGUGCGGUCUAACAGAGAGUGAUUGCCUUGGUUGUUUUUCUUGUGAACGAAAGACCCUGGUGGACAUUGGUAAUAUGGAAUGCUGCAAGUCACUGGUUUAUUGGGUAGACAGACGGUGGGGGGAGCAGGGUGGCCUCAGUCGUAGUGAGGACUGGGCCUCAAGCCACAGUAUCACUUGUUUGCAGCCAUCCAGAAUGUCCAGGCAGGCAAUGGUGCUGCCCUACAGUAUAUGCUUCACCGAAGAAUAGCUGUAUUGUGUUCGACUGCAGACUGCUGCAACAUUCAUAGUCUCAGGGACUUGGACUUUUUUUGUGUGUGACUGUAUGUUUACUGCUAUCUUGUAUGUGCGUUGUGUUGUGUACAAUUGUUGGUACUGUGUUUUACACCUUGGGCCCAUUGUAACGCUGUUUCGUUUCACUGUAUUCAUGUAUGGCUGAAUGAAAAUUAAACAUGAAUGUGAAUUAGGAAGAGAAAAUCAUGCUCACCAGAACUUCUAUCAAUAGAAACUGAGACUCAUUUCAUCCACAAUUAAUGAGACCAACUAUAGCCAGUAUUGCAUUAAGAUAUCCUGCAAAAUAUUAUUCUACAAUUCACAACAACCUGUAUUCCUAGUAGUUUAGAAGAAUGCAAUCUUACUGAAACAUAUACAAGAUAAAUGCCAAUGGUUUUCUCUAGUAAGAGAAUCUCAUUUUUAUAAAAUUAGGAAGGUAGUCAUUUAAGACUGGGUUGCUUCAGAAUAUGUUACAGAUGGUGGUGAAUCUCUGGAAUUUCCCACCCUAAGGUUAGAUCAUUGAGGAUACUUAAGGAGAAAGUAGAUAGAUUUUGAAAGGAAGUGAACUGAGGACAAUGGGACAGAAGAGGAGACAUGUCCUGAGGCAGAUUAGAUUUACUGAAUGAUAGGGCAGGUUUGAGGGGAUAAGUAAUCAAUUUGUGCUCCUAUUUUAUGUUUACAUUUAACUAAUAAAUGAUAAAGUCAUCAGUGGCAAAGUAUUUUGAAAAUACAAAACUUAAGCAAGAGUCACAUACGUUAAUUAAUAAAUGCCUGCACUUAUGGAUUAGAGAAUGCAUGACAAAGAGAAGACAUCCUUUUUUUCUGUAAGUACACAAAAUGCUUUCAUUACUAUGUUUUAAAAAUUAAAUCAUACAGUGUGUGUCUUUAGUAAGCAGUCUAUAUUUAGAACUCUUACUGCUGCAAUAUUGCAUGAAUUAUUUUCAGAAUGGCUGCACCUUCCUUUAAUUUUAAAUUAUAUGUAAUCUAUGAAGCACGGUCAUGUUGAACUGAAGAUCAAUGUAAACUAAGUUGAAACCUGUCACUAAAGCAAUCUGAGCAAAUUAAGUGUAACCGUUUCACAUUGGUAAAUAUAACAAACUGAGCGUGUGGGUGCUGAUAUUCAGGGGGAAAAAGGAAAAGUAUGGGAAAAAAAAGGAAAAAAAUGGGAAAAACAAGAGGAAAGAGGCAAAAAGAAGGGGAGGGUGAGAAAGAAAAGGCAUGAAAGACACAAGAGUGUAAGAGAAGCAAUAGAGAGAAAGGCAAGACAGGGAGGAGGAGAAAAACAUACAAGACCGGGUCACUACUGUCCCGUCAUGAAUAAAAUACAAAAUGGAAGACACUCUCCUUUCUACCCUUCAGGAACUACCACACCCCAUAAACAGGAAGAGUCCUCCACAUACGUCCCCACUCCAAGCUAUCUUCUUCUCAGUCUCACAUUAUAUUAUUACAUAAAAUUUGUUCACUUGGUCACAUGAAGCCAACUUUUAAAGGGCCUAAUAUUUUUAGACCAGUCGGAAUGAUCUAUCAGAACAUGGGAUCCCCAACAGGACCCCAAGAGUCCGGUAGGGUCUCAGCCUGAAACGUCAACUGUACUCUUUUCCAUAGAUGCUGCCUGACCUGCUGAGUUCCUUCAGCUUUGUGUGUGUGUUGCUUGGAUUUCCAGCAUCUGCAGAUUUUCUCUUGCUCUUCAAGAGGCCAGCUCAUCAGUUAAAAUAUAUUAGUUGUAUGUAUUGAAUGAAAGGGAAUAGAAAAAGUUAACAUAUGAGGAGCAUUUGAUAGUUUUGGCUGGGCCAAUUCUCAUGAGUUUAGAAGAAUGAAUGACAAUCUCAUUAAAAGGUACUGAACACUGGAAGGCCUAUCUAGAGUGGAGAUGAAAGGGUGUUGCCAACAGGAGACUCUAGGAUUAGUAGUCAUAGUCAUACUUCAUUGAUCCCCGGGGAAAUUGGUUUUCGUUACAGUUGCACCAUAAAUAGUUAAAUAGUAAUAUGUAAAUUAUGCCAGUAAAUUAUGAAAUAAAUCCAGGACCAGCCUAUUGGCUCAGGGUGUCUGACCCUCCAAGGGAGGAGUUGUAAAGUUUGAUGGCCACAGGCAGGAAUGACUUCCUAUGACGCUCUGCGUUGCAUCUCGGUGGAAUGAGUCUCUGGCUGAAUGUACUCCUGUGCCCAUCCAGUACAUUGUGGUGGAUGGAGACAAUGUCCAAGAUGGCAUGCAACUUAGACAGCAUCCUCUUUUCAGACACCGCCAUCAGAGAGUCCAGUUCCAUCCCCAAAACAUCACUGGCCUUACGAAUGAGUUUGUUGAUUCUGUUGGUGUCUGCUACCCUCAGCUUGCUGCCCCAGCACACAACAACAAACAUGAUAGCACUGGCCCCCACAGACUCGUAGAACAUCCUCAGCAUCAUCCGGCAGAUGUUAAAGGACCUCAGUCUCCUCAGGAAAUAGAGACAGCUCUGACCCUUCUUGUAGACAGUGUGCUUUGACGAGUCCAGUUUAUUGUCAAUUCGUAUCCCCAGGUAUUUGUAAUCCUCCAUCAUGUCCACACUGACCCCCUGGAUGGAAACAGGGGUCACCGGUACCUUAGCUCUCCUCAGGUCUACCACCAGCUCCUUAGUCUUUUUCACAUUGAGCUGAAGAUAAUUCUGCUACAGGGCAUAACCCCAAAUGAAAGAAUAUCCCUUUAGAAUAGAGGUGAAGAGGAACUUCUUUAUGCCAGGAGGUAGUGAAUCUGUGGAAUUCACUGCCAGACAGCUCUGGAGGCCGAGUCAUUGGGUAUAGUUAAAGCAGAGGUUAAUAGGUUCUUAAUUAGUAAGAACAUCAAAGGUUACAGGAAAAAUGCAGGAAAAUGGGUUGAGAGGGGAAUAAAUCUGCUGUGAUCGAAUGGCAGAGCAGACUCAAUUGGCAAAACUGCUCCUGUGUUAUAUGGUAUCAUUUUAAACUAGUCUUUAUGGGGCUUUUACCUGCAAACACUUCACCAAAUUUAUUCCAGCUUUAUGAAAAUUAUAUGGUGAAAUGAGAAGUGUUUCUAUUUACACAUACUGUAGAACAACUAAAUAAAUGUUCAAUUUCUGUCACUGACAUCAAAUGGGAAACAUUUCAAUGUUGUCGUUUCUGUAAUAGUAGAAGUUGAGUUUGCAAAUCUCGCAAACUUAAACAGUGCAGCUAAAGAUUAGUAAUUAAUCUCCGCAGUGA